UGUGUAAGAAUGACAUUAAAGAAGUGGUGGAGACCGGACCUGCUCUCAUGACUCCCAUUUAUUAUUUUAUUAUAUAAGUACAUUGUAUAGGCGAACCCAGGACACUCGGCUACAUUGGUGGCAGCGGUGGGAUUUUAACCGCUGUGUUGAAAAAAAAAAAGAAGAAGAAAGUGUUACACGGGACUUGUGAGUUUCCAGUUAGCUGCACGUGUAUAGUUAGCUUCCUGGCUAUUUUGCGGACACGUGGUGUGGUGACGACGACCAUUUUAAGCCUGACAAGGCACUGUUCGACAGACAUUCACACGGCAUGAAUGCCAAAAAUUGACUUUUUUUUUAACCGCUCCCUUCACCGGCGACAGGAGCCAGAGUUUCUCAACUGGUGCGAGGCAGUUGGAAGUAGCCGUUUGCACGACGGCGGGAGCCAGCUGCAAUGAGGAGCUCAUUGAAGAGAGACUGUGGGCAGCUUUUGGACAGAGACAAUUGAUGGACCGCUUCGGGUCCAGCCUAUCAGCGCGUGUGCGUGCUCCGGGGGAGAGCUUGGAGGUGUUUGCUGCGGAUGUGAGCCGGCUGGUUACGGAGGCGUUCCCGGCAAUCUUACUACUGGCCCUUCAUGAUGAGAGACAUCCGUCGGUGGUGUGAACAGUGCAGAGCGUGUCGAACUCGUAGGUGCCCUUAACGUCCCCGUGGGCGGGUCCCAGAUUUGUUGCCCCUCCGGAGGGUGGUCAUGGACAUUCUGGAGUGGCCCAGACGUUCAGAGGGUAUCCCAGGUUUGUCGGCCCCUCCGGAGGGUAGUCAUGGACAUUCUGGAGUGGCCCAGAAGUUCCCAUGGGGGGCGGGGGGGGGGUCCCAGGGUGGUUGCCCCUUCCAGAGACUCUGCCAGCACCACUAGAUGGAACUUUAUUGAUUCCUUCACUGCCUAUAACCCCGAGGCUGAUGGCAUGAUGGCGCGUCACAAUCGAACUAUCUUGCAGGGGGUGAUUGGAGCGACCUCCCUCGCAUCAUCGAACUAUCUCGCACAGGAGCGAUUGGAGCGACCUCCUUCGCAUCUACAAGUGUUUGCAUGUUUUGAGGGGCCAGGGUGCUAGCCUAUGCAAUACUUUGUGGAUCAGAUAAAAAUAUUGUUGAUUUGUUGUGUGCAUGAAGAUUGUGAAGUUUUUUUGUUUUUUUUUCUCUACUCUAUUUCCCCUUGUUUGUUACCUAUUUUGUUUGUGACGAAACGGGGACGUUUCUAAUUGAGGGGGGGACGUAUGUAACAAACUGUUCAGGAUGUCCCAAGUUACCGGAGUGUGUUGGGUAAGGAGGAGUGUUGUCCCUCCAGAGUUGCCGUAGGGCUGUGACGUAAGAGGUCUAUAAAGGUUGUUGUGGAAGGAGGUGUGUAAGAAUGACAUUAAAGAAGUGGUGGAGACCGGACCUGCUCUCAUGACUCCCAUUUAUUAUUUUAUUAUAUAAGUACAUUGUAUAGGCGAACCCAGGACACUCGGCUACAGUACCAUUCAUCAGCACAAAUUUACAUUUCGAUACCUUGUAGCGCGGGCUGAAGUUUUUUUGCUGCGCCGAGUCACUGAACAUUACGGUAGUGUUGCGCGUGCGCAGGUCAGUAACCAUGGAGACCAGACGACAACCGUAAAACGAUUUGCGGACCUAGGUUAACAAAGUACACUUGACGACGAGCCAAGUACGCCAAAGUCAGCCUUCAAGAAAAACAACUGAUUGUCACAGAAUUCAAAGGCAGUAGGAUCCAUCCAUCAUCCAUCAUCCAUCCAUCCAUUUUCUACAGUAGGAUGUGUUGAGAAAAGCCAGAAGCAAAAAGGAUGCGGCAGUGAAAGUUAGAUUUAUUGUGGCUCUUGCUUGAAAGUCUUUUUCCCAGUUUGUCAAGCAGUGCAUUCUGAAGUUGCCACCGAGGGCAGCCAUCAUGUGGUCCUUCGUGAGGAUGAACUUGAGACCCCUGAUCCAAGGGAUGGACACGGUCAUGGAGACCGACAGCGAGCAGCAAUCGGAUAGUGAAGACGAGGACGAGGAGGACGAAAAGAAAGUGAAAGUACAGGAGUCUCCUCCAAGUGAAUACCUGUCCACUCCAACCCUUCCCGACUCAUACAGGCAGAACUCCCCCGGCGAGGUCCGCCUGUUGGCCAUCGCCGACAGCUUCCAGCGUCAGUAUCGUCUUUUGUGUUCCGAGCGCAAGCCUCUGCUGCUCUUCCCCAUGAACGAAUGUGGCGUCAAGAAGUUUGUGUCAACCACGCUGCGACCCACCAUGACCAGCCACCCGGAGCUGCUCUACUGGGAAGGAUGUGCUUCGUUUGUGGCCGACUUCCUGUCUCUGACUCCUCUGGAGCCGCCUGGAGAGCUGCCCAAGUUCUUGUUCUCGGCCACGUCGGUGCUGCACAGUCAGACGGCCACGUGUUUCGAGUACUCCGCCGUGCUCUGCAGUCUCCUGCUGGGCGCCAACUACGACGCCUACUGCGUUAGCGGCUAUGCUAGCAAGGAGAUGUGCCUGCUGGACCAGUGCCUGCAAGAGUGCCACCUGCUGGACAACCAGGCCAAGGUGGAGGGCGCCGAGGCGAAAAGCGAGAGCGACAACGUACUGAAGCGGGAGGUGAAGAGCCGCUUCCUGACCAAACAGGCCGAAAAAGAACGGGAAGAAGCCGAGGCCAAAUCCAAGAAGCACGAGGAGGAACCCCAGCCUGCUGUUGACGCCCUGAGGGGUCUGCGGGUCCACUGCUGGGUUCUGGUCCUGGCCGGGUGUCGCAGCGUCCAGGAGAACUUCUUCAUCGACCCGCUCACAGGAAGGAGCUACAGCACCACGCACGACCACUUCCUGGGGGUGGAGAGCGUGUGGAACAACCUCAACUACUACGUCAACAUGCAGGACUGCAAGGACGUCUGCGCCGAAAUAGUGUAUGAUCUUCAUGACAUCCGGCUGUGGGAGCCAGUCUUGUUCGGGGCCAUCAGCAAGAGACAAAUGUCCCUCAACAUCCUCAAGAGGAAGGAGAUGAAGAUGAUGGGCAUGACUUGGGAGGACGAGGAAGAAGAGGAGGAUCGAGUGUUUGAGAUGCCCAGGUCGUGGGUCUCGUACAUCAGCAUCUCCAAAGAAGACUUGGAGACGCGCUGGCCAGGAAGCAGGAAGUUGACGCGCUACAAGAAAACUGAGCUGAAAACGUUCGCUCCUUACCUGCGACUCAACGGGCUGGUGACGCGACUGACCACCUUCAAGGACUUUGACUGCAAAGAGGCGGUGACGGUGAAAGAGUGGUACAAGGACAGGAACGACCACCUGAAGGAGCGAGAAGUCAACAAAGUGACGGGCAUCACCAUCGAGCGCUUCACGCCAGGACGACAGUUCCACCUUUUAUUCCACAGGUUCACCACCGCGCCAACACAGGGCACGGAGCACGAGAUGGAGUUCAGCGGCGCUCGUGUGGACGGUCUGGUGCGCCGCGUGGACAAGACGGAGGAAAUGACGGAGACCUUCGAGGGCCGCGAGGACUUCCUGUACUACCGCCACGUGGUCUUUGGCCACCUCCCGGAGCCGGAGGACGAGGACGCCGACACGGAGACGGAGGAGCGGCCUCUGCUGAAGGUGGUGGAGCGCUUCCACAGGAACCCCAAGAAGGACGCCAACGAGGACGUGGCCGAGCGAGUCUUCUUGUCGCCGCAGAGGAAGAUGGAGGUGACGUACCACCUGGAGGAGCACAGGUUCGUACCCUGCACCAGGACCUUCCUCAAACCGCGGGAGUCGGACGACUUCAAGGACGACAUGGUCGCCGGCUUCCACGUGGACCCGGUUCAGAAGCCUCUGCACACGCUGACUCUCUACAAGCUGCUCUCAGCGCUGGUGGAGGCCGAGAAGGACACGGCUGAGCAGAUCAAGUGUUCCAAGAAAGAGGUGAGAGACAUCGUGUCCUGCAGACAGCGUGAGGAGAUGGACAUUCUUCUUCACUUUUCUCCAUGGACCACCACUGGAGCCGCCAAAGCCCGCAAGCAGAGAGAGGAAAUGGAGCGCCUGGCGGCCGAGGAGCAGAGGUGGUUGCAGGAGAAGGAGAAAGACUAUCUGGCUCCCUUCCUUAUCCAACUGGGGAACGUGAAGGACAUGACGGCUGAAGAUGCACGCCGCCUCUACGACGAGUGUAUGAGCGACUUCAAGACGCACAUGGCCGAGCGGGCCAGACUCAUCCAGGAACGCCACGACCAGGCAACACAUGCGCUGCAGAAGAAGCAACUGUACUACCAACAGAGCCAGCUGAACAUGAGCCACCAGGAGGAGAAAGAGUACCAGGCCUUCUGCGCCGAGCACACCUUCCAAAUACACAUCGCCACUGAACGCCUCAGCAUGCACAAGAGAUCAGUCGCUCAGAGGUACCGUGCACUGGAUCAGAGACUAAAACAAGACCCACGACUGGCACCUUACCUGCCGAGCUGAAAACACACACAAACACUCACACACACACACACACUCACACACACACUUUACAUCAGUCUGUACUGGUAAUAACUUAGUGGAAUAAAAUGAGAAAACAAGUAAGUCUGAUUUAUGCACCAAUGCUACAUCACAGAGUUAAAAUAGGCCAUGUGCAUUCCAGUCCACUAGUUGGCCAUGUCACCUUGAAGAGCAGCGAACAGAAGGAGCGGGUAAAUAUUGCCAUCAUUUCUGGGAAUAGCUCAGAAAUGUAUUUUGGCACUCAGGAUCUAAGUACACAUGCAGUAUCACACCUCUUUACAUUACUAACUGCUUUGGAAAUAUGCAUAUAUGUUUAAAAGAGUUCUUUCUUUUCACGUAGCCAUGUUUAGAGCAGCUAGUACUUUUCCUUUGUGUAGCCUACCACUCUCUUUGUCUUCACAUUGUCUGUUUAGUGUCUUAAACCAUCAGGAAUGUGAAAUACAACACCCACUGGUUUCUUAUCAGUGGUGCGAGGGGGAGAUGGGGGGUUUCUUUGUGUGAGA